GCCCCGCAGCGUGGUUCGGUGGCGCGAGAGGCGGGAAGUCGCCGUGGUAAACGGGGCCUUGGGGCGUCCCGAAGGGGACCCAGACGCGGGAGGCCAGACUUCCCCGGCGACCCGAGGAGGGGACUUGCGGCGGAUUCCGAAGCCGCUUUUUCUGCGUAGCCUGGAGAGUUUAAAUCGCCGAGAUUCUCCUGUGUGGAGAAGGCGCUGGUGCCCGCCCGCUGUUGCGCGACUCUAGAGGGGUGUCUUUUUCCCUUAAUCUGAGCGCAGUCGCGGAGCCCCUGUUUCCCACGCAGCCUGUGCUAAGUGGCCUCGUGAGUUUUCGCACGGCAUCCUCGGUGCCUCUUCUUUGAAGCUAAGCUUCCAUAACUCUAAAGCACUUUUCGUUUUAAACUCAAACCAGACUCACUUGUUUCUAUGAUCAUCUGUCUCCCAGUACGGAUGGAUGAGUUUGGCUUCAAGAAUGUACUUGUGGCUGGUGCCAAGGGAAAACAGGCACAAAUCCUGAAGAGCCCGUGGGCAUGGACCGCUCAUCUGUAAAGAAAGUGGAGACAUGACCUUGAGAUUUGGCUCAGACUCAGCAAUGCCGGGGCCUUCGCAAGUCUGAUGUUCCAGGACUCCAGUGCCUGUUGGUGUGGACGGAGGACACGGGGCGCCGACCAUGGUCACACUCAUCACUGAGAAGCUGCAGAGCCAGAGCCUGGACGACUUCACCUGCAAGGCCGAGGCUGGCCCGUAUUCUGCCGAAGCCCUGAACAAGAGCGGUCGUCUGUUCCCUUUGGAGCUCAAUGACCAGAGUCCCUGGAAGGUCUUAAGUGGAGGACGGCCUGUCGGAAGCCAGGCAGCCACAGGCCCUGAUUUCUCCUUCCUGCCGGGCCUGUCUGCUGCUGCUCACGCCAUGGGUCUUCAGUGGCAGCCAGAGUCCCCGGGCCCAGGUGCAGGCCUGGCUGCAGCCAGCACUGUGGUGUUUCACCCCAGUGAAAGCACAGGCUUGUCCCCGGCCCCACCGAACAAGCGACAUUGCCAGUCCUUGUCAGAACCCGAGGAGCUUGUGCGCUGCCAGUCCCCCUGGCGCCCCGGCAGCUCCAAGGUCUGGACUCCAGUCUCCAAGAGGCGGUGCAACAGCGGCGGGAGCACCACUCUGCAGGGAAGCCCUGGCGCCAUCCUGCCGAGGCAUGCUGUGUGGUUGGCUGGUCUCACUUCACCUGCCACGCCCCGGCCGUCCUCGGCCAGCAGCGGCUUCGUGGACAGCAGCAAGGGCAGUGCAGGCUCAGGCCCACUCUGGUGUUCUGCGGAGCCCUGCUUGCUCUCCACGAGGUGCCGCCUGUCCCUCUCACAGGAGCAACUCGCAGGUGCAGGCACUCCCCUGCCCUCAGCCAGCAGCAGCCCCACGUCCACGCCUGAGCUGGGCUGGCACCGCGGGCUGCUCCGGUGCCGCUCACAGCCAUGCGUGCUCAGUGGGAAGAGGAGCCGGCGCAAACGGAGGCGUGAGGAGGAUGCCAGGUGGACACGCCCAUCCUUGGACUUCCUAAAAAUGACCCAGACUUUAAAAAAUUCAAAAAGCCUUUGCUCCCUCAAUUACGAAGAUGACGGUGAGGAUGACACCCCAGUGAAGAUGGUUCUGUCCUCCCCGUGUGACUCCCGGGGCCUCCCUGGCAUCACCAUGCCUGGCUGCAGCCAGAGGGGCCUCAGGACCAGCCCUGCCCACCCCAGCCUGUGGGCCUCAAGGGAGUCAGUGACCGGUGAUGGCUCGAGCAGGAGCAACGGGGACCUCAGUGAUGGGGACAGUGCUGGGGAGGAGGGCAUCUUCCCCCAGGCCCGCGGGGAGCUGGACCUGGAGCAGAUCGAGAACAACUGAGGCUGGUGGGGGCUGGUUGGGGCCACUGCUGCCGCCUGCACCUGCCCUGGGGCACAGAGUAGGUUUCAUGUUGCUUGGAAUAUUAAGGCAUAAUUUUGAUUCAGUUUUUCCUAAAGAAACAUUUUGCAUUUUUAUGGCUUUUGCAGUUCGAGGGAAAGCUUCUCUAUUUGGGAUGCAUUUCAGAAGGGCGUUCUAUUAAACAUGAAUCUGAAACAGAUUAACAUGGGUCUGUGUUCCCCAUGAAAGGCCUGCUGUGCAGGGCGCCUUGUGUGCUUUAGUUGCUAGGAAACCCCAGGCGUCGGUGGUCAGCGCCCCACUGGCCCUGUGUGUCCCCUUCCUCCUGAGGGGUCACGGUGCCUGGGGCUUGUGCAUGGGCAUCUGUGCCCAUGAACCUUGUCACCCACUUGCCAGUGAACCGCCAGUUUGUGGCCGCCUGGUUUUCUACCAGUGGCUGUGAUGGCCUUUGGGGCAGACCGAGCUGCCGUGAGUCCAUGCUUCCCGUGGCCUGGGAGGGCCCUUGCGCCUUCAGGUGGGGUGUGGUGCCAGGCCUCUGGGAAGGCCGUCCUGCCAGCAGCACCUGUCAGCACCCACUCUGUGAAUUUAAUACAAGGCGUUUGCUUUGCACAUAUGACUUCUGAUUAAUUUUCAUUUCCACCAUCUGAAGUGGGCCUGGCUAUGCCUCAGGCCUCUGGUCUCUGGCUCAGAACCAGACAGGGCAAGGGAUUUCCUGUUUUUCAUUCCUGCACUUUUAAUAAAAUUGUAGGGGUUUCGAGUUUGCGAUAACAAAAGAAAACAUUAAUACUUUUUUGAAAUUUUCUUGAUUUUUUUUCCCAAUAAAAUUCAUGAAAGGUCA